CGAGCAUUGGACGAUUGGCGAGGUGGCGAAGCCGAAGGAAGGUGCUGUCACCAUGGAAGACAUAACCCGCACACGUUCAGCACUGGGGACCAGUAAGCCGAACCAGAUUGGUGAGGAUGCAGAAGAAGACGAGACCGCGGACUCCAGUGACUCUGAUCGUAAGAGUAAAAUGAGUUUCUCAUACUGGGGUGCCGAUAAGGUUACCCUCGCCAUUCCGCCGGGAAAGAAACCGAACGGUAUCCAGGCCAAAGCAACGCCAACACGCCGCGGUAACGCACCAUCAUCAUACACUUCGACUGCCAACGCCAAAUUUGGUUCGAGGAUGCGAUCCCCCGAGCCUGCUGACCCAGCUUCACCUACUCCUCGACCCACCAAUAAACGGAACACGCCUACACCAGCCAACAACCCACCCUCGAAUCGUAAAACUUCCGACAAUUCGAAACCUCCUUGGGGCAGUCCUGCAGCUGCCCGUACGGGCCCUUCCCCUCUGCCUACCACCGGGACAGGUGGUAGUUCUCGCAGGCAACAAAAACUCUCCGCCCCGACGCCUCCUAAACUGACUGCUGUCGCCAACAAGCUGGCACCACCAUCUCCUGCUCCGAGCGAAUUAACUCAAGACUCGGGUGUCGGGUUUUACCGCGAUGUCCUCGCUCAUGAUCCACCUCUCAACAGGGAUUCAUCCAACAUGCUGGGUGAUUCGCAUUAAGGCAGUGUCUUUGUAUGAAGUAUGCGCUAUCUAAGGCCUGGAAUCAAGGACGAGAUCUACCAUGGUUUCUUUACGCAUUAACGACGAUUCACACUCUUUUUAUCUAGCUAAUUAACAUUGACCUGUCUUCACCACCAAAUUCCCUUAUAUCCCGCUGCGACCAUUCGCUCCUUCAAAUUUGUUUUUCCGCCGAGAUAAUGUCUCACUUCAUGGUUAACUUACCAUUUCCAUGGCACAAUAUAGUGUUAUUUUUUCAGGGAUACGUCUCAGUCUCCGAAUUCACCAUACAAAAGAGUCCCGAAAUGCGUGCUCUCAGUACAGAUAUGUACUACGUAUUAGCCAUACAAAGUCAUUUCCAU